AUGUCAACUCCUAUUAUACUUGGUGACCUUAUACUUUUUGGCACUCCCGUUAAUAUUUUCUGUUUUUUUAAAGAAAGAAGAACUCGUGUCACUGUCACAAUCGGAACAGAGAAUACCAUUGCACAACUCAAGGAAUUACUCAAGAAAGAGGAAAGUCCAUACACUGAUAAUAUUUGUUCCACCGACCUCACUCUAUGGCAUGUUAAUGUUGAUCCUAGUGCAAUUAAUACUAUUGAUGAAAUGUUAAAUAACAAUAACAAAUUAACAUUGCCGACAAAAAAGGUUGGAGGAAUUUUUUCUGACCUCAGUGGAAAAAAAAUUCGUGUUGUCAUCGGAAUUCCUGUUUGUGAGUCAUUCUUUUUAUUUCAAAUUAACAUUAUUGAAGAACAAGCUGAAUCUCUUAAGCGCCAAUAUUCGGUUAGCAACUAUGAUGAAGAACAGUAUAGAAAUGUGAAGAAAAUUCGAAACCACCCCUCUCCAUCAUCUUUUGCUCUCAUCAAUUAUUUACAUGAAAAUCAAAGUCAAGAGCAAGAGUUUCUUAUUGGCCGCCCUUCUGGUUGCAUCGGCAUACCGUUGAUGUUAUAUAAUUAUGCUUUUACUUGUUUCAAAACCGACUUUAAUAACGAUAAUCUACCUAUAGAUAAAGAUCAUUAUCAAUGGACCCUCAAUUGCAUUAAUACCAUGUCAAAUUUUUAUUCAAUUGAGAAAUUUCGUAAACGAGAGUUUCAUGAAAGGAUGCGCGAAUUAUUUAACAAAGAUAUAAUGAUAACUGUACUUGAUGAUGAAUCUUCAAAUGAUGGAGCUUUAUACUUAGAUGUACAUUCGUUUACUAUAUUAUACCUCAAUAUUGAAAUUAAAAAUGAAAUUGGUACUGGUAAUUGUGAUCCAACUACUCAAGCCGCUGCCUUUUAUGCAAAGUUUUAUGCCCAAAAAAAGUAUGAAGAAAUACUUAAAGGGUGCAACAUGCCAUGCUUCAUUUUAGGCUUGGCUGGACCUUGGAUAUGUGUAUUAGGAGCUAAAAUAGCACGACUUUUCAUGGCUUUGCGCACGGGAUGUGAUAAUCUGAAGAAAUAUUAUAAAUCAUUAUCGAAAUCCGUAUUAAAUAUUGCAGAUUCUCAACAAUUUUUCCCCUAUAUUCGUACAGCACAUGGGGUUGGGGAUUUUGUCUACAAGGAGAAACUUUUUGAUGAUCCAAACAAGCUCCUUUGGAAGGCUGAGACGAAAAGUGGUCAGACUAUCAUUGUUAAGUUUUCGCAUAUGUACAACGCUAAUGCACACAAUUUGUGCCAUGAAAUUGGAAAAGCUCCAGAAUUGCUCUUUGUUUCAAAAAUUAGUAAUGAAUUUUGUAUGAUAAUUAUGGAAUACGUUAAGGGCCAGAGACUAUACGAUUGUGAAGACUUGGAUUUUCCUACAUACAAAAAAAUUAUCAAUGACAUCGAAGUUGCCAUCUCGCAUCUACAUUCUAAAAAUAUAGUUUUCGCAGAUCUCCGCGAUUCUAACAUCUUAGUUAUUAAAGAUGACAAUAAAACUUAUCACGGGAUGUUGAUAGAUUUUGAUUGGGCUGGCGAGGAUAAUGUGGAAUGUUAUCCGUCCUUCAUGAAUCCUAAUAUUAAUUGGCCUUUGGGUGCUGGAGAUAAGGUGAAAUUAAAGAAGGAACAUGAUAUACAUUGGCUGAAAGUAUUGAAAGAUCGGUACCUGAAGAAUGAAGAUGAACCAUCUAAUUUUUGA